ACCAAAGCUCCACGUGGAAGAAGUAAUAUAAUAUUUCUGAUUUCUUUUUCCUUUUACAUUAUUUUUGCCAUUUCCAUCUCCAAAAGCCAACAUCCGAGCUUACAUACCGGUCAUGUACUAGUAUACCCCCGGUUAACGAAACAAAUACUUGUUAUUACAUUCGUUCUCAACAAAACCCAAGCAACAGAAGAACAAUGACGGAAGCAGAAGGCGCAACAAAGACAGAAGCACCAGCUCCAGCACCGCCAUCUCCCCCAAGAAAACAAGAGACCAAUGUCGUCUUGUGGCUGUCGUACUUGACCAUCGUCGGUCUUUGGGGAGCUUCGCAGGUUGUGCUCAUUCCCUACGUUGCCAACUGCAUCAGUUUGGUGGCUGCCAUUCUCUAUGUGGCCUGUCAUUGGUCUUUGGCACUCCGAGAAGUUCCGCCAGAAGGCAAUGACGAUGGCACCAAUGAUGGAGGCUCCACUCCACCAGCCGUGGAAACCUUAUCGGCAUCGGAUGCCUAUCAAUUUCCCUUGGUGGGAUCCUGUUCUCUCUUUGGACUCUAUUGCGCUUUCAAAUAUUUGGACAAGGAUCUCGUCAAUUUACUCAUUGGUGGAUAUUUCUGUUUGGCGGGGUGCUUGGCAUUGACAGCCACAGGUGCACCGGCAUUGUUGACUCUGGCAGGAGGAAAUAAAGCAUUCUUGGAAAAAUCAUAUGGAUUCAAGAAAAGCUAUCAACAUCCAGCCUUUUUAAACAUUGUCCUCGGAAAAGAACCCUUGGAAUUGGACAUUGAAUUCCAGACAGUGGAUGCCAUUGCCAUUAUUCCUUCCAUGGUUCUAUGCUACUUUUAUUUCAUGUCCAAGCAUUGGACACUCAACAAUAUUCUCGGAAUAUGCUUCUGUCUCCAAGGAAUUCAGCGAUUCAGUCUAGGGACGUACAAAAUUGGUGCCAUUCUGCUGGUGGGGCUCUUCUUUUACGAUAUUUUCUGGGUCUUUGGAACCGAUGUGAUGGUCACAGUCGCCAAGAGUUUAGAUGGACCAAUCAAGAUCUUGUUCCCUCGAUCACUAACGCCGAGCGAGGAAACGGGAAAGAUUGAUCUGGCUCUCUUGGGAUUGGGAGAUAUUGUCAUUCCAGGUUUCUUUCUUGCAAUUUUGCUAAGGUUCGAUGCUCACCAGGCCAAUCUACCCACUUCGUACACCGAUGUGCACGCAUCAUUCCCAAAACCCUACUUUCAUUCAGCUCUCGUUUUUUACAUCCUGGGCAUGAGCACAACCAUGGCAGUCAUGAUUUUUUUUGAAGCAGCACAACCCGCAUUGUUGUACCUUGUACCCGCUUGUCUAAUCAGCUCGUUGGGAUGUGCCGCUAUCAGAGGGGAAAUGAAGGAGCUGCUUGCUUACAGCGAAGAACCUGACGAGGAAGAAGAGGAGGCGGAAGGAACGAAGGAAGAAGAAUCAAAGAAGGACAAGUAGAACCACUAUCGUGGCUCGCUUUUUGCAGGCUGGAGGUCGUGUGUUUCCCAGGGUUUGUAUUACUGAAACAAUCUGCAGGACUAAAUGCAUCAUUUUCAAUCAUCUAUAAGCAUGCACUCAAGCACAAGUAUGCUGUAGCAAAGCGUUUGGUUUCUAUAGACUAGUUACGAUAGCAGUGUC